CCUCUUUGUAAUGGCGACGGCCAUCAUAACAAAGAUCAAGCGUAGGCCUAGUCGAGUCCCCCGGAAUAAACAACAGCUCAGCAGUUUGAAGUUGUGCCUGGUUGCUGCUCCGUUCCAGCAUGUAUAGAGACUUGUCUAACUGUCCCAUCGGAGGGUGGUGGUGAACAGAAGGAUUAAGGCGACCAAUCACCACCCAGCAGGAAGAUGCCGUCUUGCUUACUGUGGUCUGUUGUUGCAACAGUUCUGCUUUGCCCAUUGAUUCAGACGCAGGGCAACGACAGCCACUCAUGUGAUCAAGGACACUACUUCGACUUCCGUAAGGACUUCUGCAGACCAUGUUCCCCAAAAUGCCCGGACAAUCAAAUCAUAAAGAUUCCCUGCGCCGAGUUUACAGACCUCCAGUGUGAGCCAUUCAUUUUCAAAGAAAUUUCAGGGUUUGAUGUUGGUACCAUUAUUUCCUAUCCAAAUUCACUUGACAAGAGUUUGGAAGACAAUAAUUUUAAUGUAAAAAAUAAGGGGUCUAACUCUGAGAAAUCCAAGAACAGAAAGUCAGAUGGACCAACGACGGUGGAGAAAGAAGACCAAGAGUACUGGAAGGCAUUAGCGUUUGCUCUGAUUGGUCUGCUUAGUGUGCUGAUCGUAGCUACAGUGGUGGUGCUUUUUGCCUGCUGCAGACUUCAGAGAGCAGCUGCAGCCAAGCAGCAGGAUGAUGGGGAAAUGGACGACACUGACUCCGGUUAUGUCGUGAUAAGAGCCAUCAGGAACAUUGCAGACCCACGUCCAGGUCACCCAGACCCGUGCAUUCUUCGGCACGAGGAGCUGGCGUCCCAUUCUCCCCUCUUAGAACCCACCUCAGACUAUGGGGGUUCGGACACGCUUCAGGAGUACCCGAGCCACCGCCCGCUGCCAGCCAAGCUGUGCUUCCUGCCCAAAGUGUACAACCCCCAGCGACGUCUGCUCAACUAUGACACAGACGAUGUGUUUGAGUCUGAUGACAGUGGCGGCUCGGUACGCUUUUCUUCUCAGAGCAAACUGAAGACAAUUCCAGAGAAAUCAGACCCAAGUUCUUACUCUAAAUCAAAAGGAAAUAGCACGCAUGUUGUGUAGAUAUUCAUGGGUUGUUGGUUUCUUUUUGUUAGUUAAUUUUUACAGCCAGAGUAAUGUAAAAACACAGUGCUGCUCUUGAGACAGUAUUGAUGGUCGCAGUUGGAGCACAUUUCUCUUUCAGAGCUAAGUGUUUAUUGUAAUUUUACAUCUCAAAAGAAGUUGUCCUGCUUGCCGGUGUGAAAAGCAAAAAAAAAAAAA